AUGCCGAAUUCUACACGAACACAACGUUCUGGUGCGUUACAGACUUUCCAGAGAAUGCCCAACAUCAAAGUGUUUGGAGGAACUUCCCACCCGGAUUUAGCGCAGAAGAUAUGCCAGAGAUUGGGUAUCGAGCAAAGCAAGGUUGUAACAAAGAAAUUCAGUAAUGGAGAGUGCUGUGUGGAAAUCGGGGAGUCAGUCAGGGGGCAGGAUGUGUUCAUUGUCCAGAGUGGGUGCCGAGAGGUGAACGACAUGCUGAUGGAGCUACUUAUCACUAUCAGUGCCUGCAAGGUUGCAUCUGCCAGCAGGGUCACAGCGGUCAUUCCAUGCUUUCCUUAUGCUCGGCAAGAUAAGAAAGAUAAGAGUCGAGCACCCAUUACUGCAAAAUUGGUUGCAAACAUGUUGACAGGGGCUGGAGCCGACCAUAUCAUAACCAUGGAUCUACAUGCCUCUCAGAUACAGGGUUUCUUUGAUAUCCCAGUGGAUAACUUGUACGCUGAGCCUGCAGUGUUGAAGUGGAUCAAAGAAAACAUCCCGGAAUGGCGUAACUGUACUAUUGUGUCACCAGAUGCUGGUGGGGCCAAAAGGGUAACAGCCAUUGCCGAUCACCUCAAUGUGGAGUUUGCUCUUAUUCACAAAGAAAGGAAAAAAGCGAAUGAGGUAGCAGCUAUGGUCCUGGUUGGGGACGUUAAAGACAAAAUUGCCAUUUUGGUUGAUGAUAUGGCUGACACAUGUGGCACCAUAUGCCACGCUGCAGACAAGUUGUUAGAAGCCGGAGCCUUGAAAGUCUAUGCCAUCUGCACCCACGGUAUCUUCUCCGGACCAGCAAUCUCUCGUAUAAACAACUCUAAGUUUGAGGCGGUGGUGGUAACCAACACAAUCCCACAGGACCAGCGGAUGAAAGAGGCACCCAAGAUACAGACUGUUGACAUAUCAAUAAUUCUGGCCGAGGCCGUCAGGAGGACACACAAUGGAGAAUCAGUGUCGUAUCUAUUUGGUCAUGUACCCAUUUGA